AUUUCCGAUCAAUCACUUUGUCAGCGUGUUAGUAGUGGAAUGUGUUCGAAGAGUCUUAUGGACGACUUUGCCGGCGAAGUGCAACAACAGCUGCAUUGUCUCAUUUAUUGUGAUGCACAUGCCUAUUGUGAUUAUAACGCGUCGCGUUGCAUUUGCGAAGAAGGCUACGAAGGUGAUGGCUACCACUGCCAAUUGGCGCCCGAUUGCCGCAACAAUGCCACCUGUGGACAGAAUGCCUUCUGCGAUGCGGGCAUCUGCCAGUGCUUGGCCGGUUUCGAGCGGGACGUAUCCGAUAGCUGCGUGCAGGCUGGUCGCUGUGGUCCUGUUUUCUGUGGCGCAAAUGCGAUAUGCAAAUGGGAUUCUGUGCAGGGUGUGCAGUAUUGCGAUUGUAUUGAGGGCUAUGAGGGCGAUGCUUUGGAAGGCUGCCGCAGCAUACCGCCACCUUGCAAUGUGCGUAAUAAUUGUGGCGUACAUGCGACCUGUGAGCCUACCGACGAUCCGGCUAGAUACGAGUGUCAAUGCAAUGCUGGUUUCCACGGCGAUGGUUAUGUUUGUGUGGAGGAUAAAAACUGUCUCAAUACACCACAAAUGUGCGAUAUGAAUGCCAAAUGUUUGUCAACCAAUAAUGGCUUGGUCUGCGUCUGCAACCAGGGUUUCUAUGGAAAUGGUUCGCUUUGUUUGGAACGCCAGCAACAUGAAUCCGGUUUUCUGCUGGUGAGUCAAGGCGUCGUUAUUGUGCGCGUACCGUUAAAUGGCAAAAACGUGAAACCCAUUUCCGUUGCAUCGAUGGCCAUUGGACUUGAUAAGGAUUGCGUAGAGGGACGCAUUUACUGGGGUGAUAUUUCUUCAAAGAAAAUCGUUAGCGCUAAUUAUGAUGGAACGGACUCCAAGACAUUCCUUGCUGAUGAUAUCGAAUCGCCCGAAGGUAUUGCUAUCGAUUGCAUUUCGCGACGCAUCUACUGGACUGAUUCAGUGAAGGAUACCAUUGAGGUGGCUAAUUUGGAAGAUCCAACGUUACGUGCAGUUUUGAUAAAUAAAAAUUUGGUGAAUCCUCGUGGCAUAGCAGUGGAUCCGUACAGAGAAAAGCUUUAUUGGUCCGAUUGGGAUCGCGAAUCGCCUAAAAUCGAAAUGGCCGAUCUGGAUGGCACUGGACGCGAACUUUUGCUAGGCAGUGGCGCCGUCACUUUACCCAAUUCGCUGGUCAUACUGGAGAGCAGCGGUGAGCUCUGCUAUGCCGAUGCGGGCACCAAGAAGGUGGAGUGCAUUGAUUCCUACUCCAAGCAGCUACGCACGAUUUCUAAUGACCUCACCUAUCCAUUCGGCUUGACAUUUACGCAUAAUCAAUUCUAUUGGACUGAUUGGUCUACUAAAAAAUUGGAAAUCGUAGACGCUUUCGGUAAUCGUCAAAAGGGCAUACAGACUCCUUUCUUCGGCAGUCACAAAAUGUACGGUAUGACUGCCAUCGAGGACAGUUGCCCUCAAUUAACUAGCGCCUGUCAGAUCAACAAUGGUGGCUGUACUGAUGCACGAAUUUGUUUGGUGAACAGCAAAGCGCCAUCGGGCAAGAGCUGCAAAUGUACAACUCAAUCGAAGACGUGCAGUGUGCCGCAAUAUGGUGUGCCAUUUUAGAGCAGCGAUUAAUUCUCUCUUAUAAAUAUAUUUACAAAAAAUCCACACACUUAAUUUAUUCAAAUUUUUAUUGUUAAUACAAAUGCGGUUUUUAUCACACAGCAAGCAACGGAUAUUUGUUUUUUUUAAGUGUAUUGCACAAACUUCAUAACUAAAAUAUAAAAAAUAUUUAUAAAUGUAAGCUAAAACACCAAUAAUUUUUUAUUUGCAUUUUUAUAAAUAUGUGCGAGUGCAUAGAGUAGUCUAUAGAAAUGCGUUCGAAUGUACGAUACAUACACACAUACAUACAUAUUUGUCGAUAAAUCUAAGAAAUAAAGUGAGAUACACGUCUCAAAUGUUUGAAAGAACAUUGUGUUGGAAUCUA